AUAUAGUUUGCAACAACUAAUGGAGCAAAUGAGAAAUGACUGGAAUUUGUUGAAGGAUAAAUUGGAAAUUGAUAUUAUCAAAAAAUAUGCUAGUUAUAUGAACAUUCUCACAAUAAGUAUUAUAGUGUUUUGUUAUAUUUCCAUAUUCUUGUACAUAAUAUUUCAACGUCUGCCAUUCAUCCUUGACUUCAUAUUACCAGUGAACGGAUCACGACCUUAUCAACUUCUCAUGAUCACGGAAUAUUUUGUUGAUCAUGAUAAAUAUAUUCAGUUUAUAUUAUUACAUGAGUUGUUAGUUGGUUAUAUAGGAUUAACUGCAGUAGGGAGCACUGGUACGACAUUUAUUAUAUUUAUGUCGCAUGUAUGUGCAUUACUUGAAAUCACAAGCUAUCGAAUAGAAAAUGCUUUCGAGAGAAAUAUAUUAGCAAUGCCUAAUCCCAAAAAGCAGUAUCUACUUCACCGAAGGAUUGCACAUGCAGUUGUUAUGCAUCAGAGAGCUGCUGAGUUUAAUGAAUUUCUGAAUUCUGCGUUUUUGGUAUUAUUCUCUCUUCUAAUAGCAGUUGGAGUUAGUUCUGUAACUCUCAAUCUUUUUCUAUUCUGCCGACUAAUACUAUUAAAUGAUAUCGGUAGAGCAUCUAUAAUAGGUCUACUCACAUUUGCUUAUUUCAUAUAUAUGUUUAUUGGUAAUUACUGGGGACAAGCUGUAAUCAAUAACGGAAUAGAUUUAUUCAAAGUCACAUAUAAUGGGUCAUGGUAUGCAGCACCAUUGUCUAAUCAAAAGCUGUUAUUAUUUAUAAUGCAAAGAGGGAGGGAACACCUUAGCAUAUCGUGUUUUAGUGUAUUUGUUGCAUCCUUGGAUGGUUUUGCUACAUUGUCAAGUACAGUAAUAUCCUACUUCAUGGUGAUGUAUUCUACACGACAAUAAUAAUCCAAAGAGAUGUGACCAAUAAGUUAGUGAAUUUUUUAUUCCAAACACUUGACAUGCGUUACAAUGUAAAUGUACAAAUAAAGUAUUAAGAACAAAAAAUAUUUUAUUCGCGUUUCUGCAAUAUAUAGUAAGUAAUGUUAAAUGAAUAAAGAGGUUUGAAAGAAUCACUUGUCAUUAAUGUCAUAUCAACUUAUUUUUUAAACACAAAAAUAGAUUUUGAUUAUUAUUUAA